CGCCGCUGACCGCGCUCUCCCCCCGCAGAGAGCCGGCCGCACCGGGACGUGCUGCACAGCGAGAACAUCCGGCUGGUGCCCGUGGCGGAGCUGCGCGGGCUGCGAGUGGGUCCAAAGCUUUUCCAGUAUGUCCUGAAGGUGCUGGUGCAGUCAGUGCAGUUGCUGUACACGUUGCUGAGGAUAGAUCAGCCAUCCUAUAUUCUUCUUCAGAAUCCCCCAGGCUUGCCCAGUAUAGCUGUUGCCUGGGUGGCAGGGCUGUGGUGGGGGAGCAAACUCAUCAUUGAUUGGCACAACUAUGGAUACACCAUCAUGAGCCUGAGUCACGGGAGGAGCCACCCACUGGUCCUGAUUGCAAAAUGGUAUGAAAAACUUUUUGGGCGCUUGUCUGACUAUAACCUGUGUGUCACUGAUGCCAUGAAAAAAGAUCUCUGGCUGAAUUUCAAGAUAAAGGCUGUAACAUUGUAUGACAAACCAGCAUCUUAUUUUAAGGAAACACCAUUAGACCUCCAACACAACCUGUACAUGAAACUUGCCAAGGACUACGAGCCUUUCCGACCACGAGCUGCCAGGGGCAGUGCCGGCCCCUCGGCGUUCACGGAGCGGGACGGCAGCAGUGGCGCUGUGCUGAAGGCCAGGCCCAGGCCAGCCCUCCUCAUCAGCAGCACCAGCUGGACAGAGGAUGAAGACUUUUCAGUGCUUUUAAGAGCUUUAGAAGACUAUGAGAGGUUUAUCAAGGAGGGAGCCAAGCUUCCAGCUUUAGUGUGUGUGAUAACAGGUAAAGGGCCUCUGAAGGAUUACUACAAUGGACUGAUCCAAAAACUGGACUUGAAGCAUGUCCAGAUCUGUACACCAUGGCUGGAAGCUGAGGAUUACCCUCUUCUGCUUGGCUCAGCAGACCUGGGGGUGUGUCUCCAUAAAUCCUCCAGUGGUUUGGAUUUGCCCAUGAAGGUGGUGGAUAUGUUUGGCUGCUGUUUACCUGUGUGUGCAAUACAUUUUGAAUGUUUACAUGAACUGGUGAAACACAAUGAGAACGGUCUGAUAUUCAGGGACUCGCAGGAACUUGCAGAACAACUGAAGAUGCUUUUCUUGGAUUUCCCUGCCCGGGAAGGGAAACUUCACCGUUUCCGAGAGAACCUGCGAGCGUCCCGGCAGCUGCGCUGGGAGCAGAGCUGGGACCAGGUUGUCCUUCCCUUGCUGGGGAACAAGGAAUGACUGGGGGGAAGGAGGGUGCCAAACACAUUCCUGCAGCUGCAGAGAUUCGGGAAACAGUGAAUAAACACUUUGUAUUGUUUGCAUUUACAGUUUUUAACUCCUUUGUCUUGGAACGGGGCUCUCACCCUUUACAGUUUCAGUUUCCUGGCUAAGAGGUGCAGAAGGUGCUGAGGCUGUUUGUUGUGUGAGAACCUGUGCUGUUUGAAGGACCCUUUUUGGUGAAGAUCCUUGAAUACAGAUAGAAACUAUUACC